CCAAACAAACCGCUUGAGUUCAGUCCACUUCCGUGUAUUUUCAUUGCCGUUCAGCUUGAUUACAGACAUGCAUUCGGGAAUUUCAAAAACAAACAAACCAUGCCUUAUUGUUGUGCAGUGAACUGUAACAACGGGACCGGUUCAGGAAGAAGUUUUUACCAUUUUCCAGAAGAGGAGGAGAGAGUGGAUUGUGCAUGUGAAGUGAGAGGGUUGGCAGCCGGCUAAAUACGCCAUUCUGUGCUCCGAUCACUUCGAGGAGGAUUCAUUUUUGAAGAAUCCCCAUCUGUUGGAAAGUUUAGGUCUCAGUGUUAGACAGAGAAGCUCAAACCUGAUGCUGUUCCAACAAAAUUUGAGCACAAAAGCAAGCAGUCAAAGAAGAAAGGGACCAGGAUUGUUCAGGCAAAAAGGAGAAGAUUGGAGGUUCUGGAACAUGCCCUAACAUCUUCUAUACAGAGUGGUGAUAACAUGGAGUCGAAAGAUUCUUCUAGCGACAAUGCUGAUCUCCCCACUGAAGAAGAUCUUCAGAUGGCAGGGCCAUCAGCAGCUUCAUCCGUCUCUGUGCAAACUGAACAAGAGAGUAGUGAAGUCAAGAACUCCUAUGCCAUGGAAUUGGAGGGCCUAAUGCAGAGCCUGGAGUUCUUGGAAGACCAUGGAGUCAUCACCAGCAGCAUCACCACAGACUGGCACUCUUCAGUGAGGAAAUAUCUGCAUCAAACCAGACCUCAUAUGGUACACUGGUUUGACGUCUGGCAUGUUGCAAAAGCUGUUUUGAGACAGUUGGUUACUGCCUCAACCAGGAAGUACUGUGGUGUGCUUGCCAGCUGGGCCCAGUCCAUCAGUAACCAUCUGUACUGGUGUGCUGCAAGCAGUAGUGGUGAUGGACAGUUAGUGUGGGACAAGUGGUGUUCCAUAGUCAACCACACUGUGAACAUCCACACAGGGCAUGGUCCAUCAUACCCUGCCUGCACACAUGAAGAACUAGUGCCUCGUCAAUGGUUGGAGAAAGGGAAAAGGAUCAAGUCAUCUGUGGCUAUCAAUAAACAGCACAGGUAAUGAGAAGAUGUGCAUAUAAAUAUCUCCAUCAUGUUCAUCAAUGCAGCAUUAACAGCAACUCCUCAUCAUCUUCUGAACUGAAUUUGCAAGCCAAGGAGUGCAGCAGCGGAACAGCGUUGCUUUGAAGGACUUUGGAGAUCUAACUUCUGGAAUAAAACUUGUUGGAGGUCUGGGGUACAUUUCAGUACAUUUCAUCAGUGUAAUUCUUUUACUAAAUCAGAACGAUGAAACACAGUUCAGCUUUGCUGCUGCUUCUCCUGGGGACAAGCUCCGCUUACACCUAUCAAAAUGUGGCCUUGCGUGGAAAAGCGACCCAGUCCUACCGGACAGGGCAUUUUACUGGAGCCGCCUACUGUGCUAUUGAUGGAAACCGUGACUCUAACUCGAUAGCCGGAUCAUGCACCCACACAAUUCAACAGAACAAUCCUUGGUGGAGAGUGGACCUGCUGGAGUCUUACAUCGUCACCUCCAUUGCCAUCACAAACAGAGGAGAUUGUUGUGCAGAAAGGAUCAAUGGAGCAGAGAUUCACAUCGGCAACUCUUUGGUACACAACGGUGCUGUAAACCCAGUGGUUGCUACAAUUAAAGAAAUACCAGCAGGCAGGACUUUAACAAUACCUUUUGCCAGACGUGUGGAGGGACGUUAUGUGACUGUGGUUCUGCCUGGUUUACAGAAGAUCCUUUCACUCUGCGAAGUGGAAGUCUAUGGUUACCGAGCCCCAACUGGAGAGAACCUGGCACUCCAAGGAAAAGCUACACAGUCAUCACUGUAUGGUACAAGUAUUGCCUAUAAUGCCAUCGAUGGGAAUCGUGCCAGCAAGCUCAGCCAGGCUUCCUGCGCGGUCACAAACCCAGACCUCAAUCCCUGGUGGCGACUGGACCUGCGCAAAACCCAUAAAGUGUUCUCAAUUAACAUAACCAACCGAGAUGAGUAUUCAGAACGAAUAAAUGGAGCUGAGAUACGUAUUGGAGAUUCACUUGAAAACAAUGGUAACAACAAUCCCAGGUGUGCUGUUAUUUCACGCAUCCCUCCAGGUUUCACCCAAAACUUCCAGUGUAAUGGGAUGGACGGUCGUUAUGUUAACAUUGUCAUUCCAGGAAGACGGGUGUAUCUGACCCUGUGUGAGGUGGAGGUGUAUGGCUCCAGACUAGAUUAGGUUUGAGGAUACAAACCCCCAAAAUGUGGGAUUUACUAUCAUAGAACACAGGAAAUAUUCUCAUUUGAAAAGCUGAAAGUAGUGAUUUUUCAUUGACAUUUUCUUUAAAAAAAAAAAAAAAAUGACUCAAACGGUUAAUCGGUUAUCAAAAUGGUUUCUAAUUAAUUUUCUCAAUCAACUGAGUUACUGAAUAAUCAGCUAAUUGCACAGCACUGGCUGGUCUCUGGGUACUUGGGUAAAUAAUGAAACUGCCAUGUACAGCAGAGGUGAAUAGGGAACUAACAACAAAAUUUUGCCCUGAGGCCUCACUCCUGUUGCGACACUAGUUUAGCCUCCACUUGGGAGAUCACUAUAAGUAGACACAAGAGUAAUAUGGUUUAUGGCACCUUAAAGCUGCAUUCACACAUUUUUGACCACAAGGUGACGGAAGACUUUUGAAACAAGAUGAAAGGAACGAAGGAUAUUAUCACCUUAACACUGUUCCUGCUGAAAAGUCAUAUCCUGUCAACACUGAGCAACAUUAACACUCAUUUGGAGUAAUUUUGUCUUCAUCUGCUGCUCUUUAGGUUGAUUUACAGCAGUGAGACUGAGCCAUAUAAACCAGAGGAAAAGACAAAACAAUAAUCAAAACAGGGCUGAAAAUCUUGUUGGUGAUAUGUUAGUGAAAAUUAUUUCUGUGUGCGUCACUAUCAGCAACACCUUUCUCAUUACGCAUGAUCAUUUCAUUUCAAUGUAUUGUGAACAGAAAUUAUGCUAGAUAUUGCCAAAUCAACAUGAUUCAACUGUGUGAUCAUUUUUUAUGUUAUUUGUGGUGCUGUUAAACUGUACUGCAUUAUACAGAGAGAUGUUUUCAUUAUUCAGUGAACUUUUCUCUGCAUUGUCACUGCCCACAGAUGAAUAGUACAUCUUUGCUGAAAUAAACUGAA